AUGAAGGAUAAUGAAUCCCUGAGGGAAUUUGUGAAGAGAUUUAGCCAAGUUGUCCUACAAGUGGAGGCUUGCAGCAUGGAUGUUGUCCUGCAGAUCUUCAAGCGAAGCAUCUGUCUAAGCACCCCAUUUUUUGAGUCACUCGCUAAAAAGCCUCCUACGACGAUGGAUGACUUAUUUCGACGUGCGAACAAAUAUUCAAUGCUCGAAGAUGACGUGCGGGCAGCCACCCAGCAAGUCUUGGUUUCCGGACAACCGUCCAAGGGUAGUACAGAAAGAAGUGCCAAACUUCCGGACAGGCCAAGGCCAUCAGAUCGAAGGCAGGAAGGGCCAAGUCGCCCGGAGAUGCCACCUCUCACACCCCUUUCCAUAACUUAUGAAAAGUUUCUCCCUAUAAUCCAAGGCAUGUCCGAUUUCAGGUGGCCUAGACCCCUCGAAUCGGACCCGUCCAGAAGGGAUCAUAACAAAAAAUGCGCCUACCACAAGGAGCAUGGCCACACAACGGAGACAUGCAAAAGCCUCCAAUAUUUGGUGGAAAGGCUUAUAAAGGCGGGACACCUGAGGCAAUACCUCCGCUCAGACGCCGGAGGCAGAGGCGCUUCCCAAAAUCAUAACUCUGGAAUCUCCACGGUUCCAGCUGCUCCCAAAGCUGUCAUAAACUACAUCAAUGGAGGCCCAUCGGAUGAGGAGCUCAACUCCAAACGAAAAAGGCAGAAAUUGUUACGGGAAGCAAUGGUGCGUGAGCGUGUCAACUCCAUCCGGCCUGGGAUAACCGAAGAAGGCCCUCGCCCCAUAGACAGGACGAUCACUUUCCCACUAGUAGACCCCACACGGAUAUUAUGA